CGACCCAAUGUUUAGUAGUAGUAGUAGAAGAGAGUUUACGGAGUCCGUUCUCGGUGCUACUUGUGCUGAGAAUAAGUUACGUACUAUUUCUACCUCUUCUUGCGCUACCAACAUGUCGACUGAGUCCUACUGUAUCUCUCUCGGCGUAGGGCCUCUGUGGUGGUCCGAUGUCCCUACCCACCACAGAACAGAUCACGAUAGGGCGUCACUCUUAACAGGUUACACUCGUAAAUCUUCGGUUGAUUCAGCUGGUGGCAGCAGCUGCUUAUUCGACAGAAGCAAUAGUGCUAGCAGCAGCAGCGGCUCUAGCAGUCCUGGCUCUUCGGCUUCGUCUGAAUGUUCCGACUCGGAUGUACAAUCCUUAUAUUCGGACGAUGACUGUCAAGAGGUAGUCAGGCAGAUCUUGCAACACGAUCAUCCCAUUCGUAUUGUUGUCAAGUUACAUGUAACUGAGAAUAAAUUCACCAAAUGGGAAUCGGUCUUGAAUCCAACCAAUAACAUCUUGUACGUAGCCAUGCCCGAAAAAUUGGCAUCGGAAAAUUCGAAGGACACUUUGAUUUCCUUGUUGGAAUUUGCUGAAGAUAAACUGGAAGUGGAUGCUGUCGUUAUGUGCGUACGUAAAAAUCGUACUGAUCGUGUCCGUCUUUUGGAGAGUUUCUUGCUUAUGGGCUUUGAACCGUUGUCUAGAAAAGCUCCGGAAGCACCACCAGCCGCUGAGAAAGAUGUCGAGAAUUUCUUCCUUAUCUAUCGUAUUGAGGAAUAAGUUGACAUAACUAAAACUUAAAACCUAAACGUUAAUAUUUUAUGCAAUAACCAACUAAUAAUAACCAACAUCUUAAACAUUGUUUUUUAAUAUAAACAGAAGCAACCGUUUAAAAUAGUUUGGAGGCCAGUAAUUUCUAUAUUAUUAUUUACUUACAUACUUAUAUAAAUAACAACUCACUCCUAAAUUAACUAAAGUGUUCAAAAUUGCAUAAUCAUAUUAUAAAUUUCCUUAUGUCAACUUUCAACUCAAUAAUGAUGAUAACAAUUUUUAUCUACCGAAGAAAUAUCGUAAUCACUGUUAAGAGCAAAUAUCGUAAAAAAUGUCGUAUUUAAUCAGAAAUAAAAAUGAAUAAAAAUAUAAAAAAAAAAAAAUUAAAAACUUUAAAAAACGUAAAAAAAAUUUAAAAAUAAAAAAAAAACAACAAAAAAAAUGUAUUAGUUUUUAGUAAUCAAUAUUAUAUCUUUGUAACAAACACAUAUACACUUGCUUUCUUAUAAUUUGCAAAUCAUAUUAUAAAUUCCAAAUUUAAAUUCUUUUUUGUUAAAUGUCUAUUUUUUUUUUUGUUUUAUUUAAUUAUUUGUCAAACAAUAAAUUUUGUUUAAUGAUGUCAAAUUUAAAUACCGCAUUAAUUAUUCAUUGCUAACAAUUAAAAAAAAUUCAGUUUCAGAUUUUGUUUAAAUAAAUUUUAUUUGCAAACAAUUUAUAUUUAUAAUUUUUAAGCAUCAUAUUAAAAUAUUCAUAUAUUCUUAUAUAUACUUUAACAGCAUUUUAUAUUUCAAAAAAAUCCGUUAAGCAUUAAAUUUUUCUUUUUUUCAAAUUUUCUCACUUUUAAUAUAAUCAAUAAAAUAGUUCCGGCUUACCGUAGAAAAACCAAAAUAUUAUGUUUAUUAUUAUUUUAUUACGUUUUGUCAGAAUCUUAUUUUAGUUUAGCCUGGUUUUGGACUUAACACACAGAAAUAUUUAAAGCACUUUCUUCUUUCUAAUUGAAAUAUAAAUAAAUAUUUACUCACCAAUAA